UGCCAGCGUGGAGUGCCAAGCUGCCGCCGCUCCUCGUUCUGGCCCGGUGCCAAUAUGAAUCCUGCAUAGGGGAGGAUCUGAAAAUCAUUUCUAUUUCACUUCAUAUUUUCUGAUCUCGCUGAGUCGCCUGUCAUUAGGAUCUGCCGAAGCCGAAGUCAAGAAAAACAGCUGACGUCAUGGCCUUCACUGACUUCGACUCCAUUUUCGACCACAUCGGUGGUUUCGGACGCUACCAGAUGAUGUUAUUUUGGAUCAACUGCCUCAUGAACACUUUCUUAGUCUUCGUGUACUUCGGCCAGUUCUUCAUGACCUUGACCCCGCCUCACUGGUGCGCGCCGCCGCCUGACCUCGCCGGGCUCAACCUGACCUCGGACCAGGUCAAGAGCCUUACCAUUCCGAGGGAUCCACACACGGCGGAAGUACCUGGAGUGCGUCAGUACCAGUGGAUUUCAAGGAGGUGGUUGAGAAGUAACACGCCAGCUGUGCCCGACCCAGCUGGCCUCCUCCAGCUUAGUCAUGGCUGA